CGUUCAGCUGCCCGCUCCAUUUCUUGCCAAUCGUAACGCAUGUCGCUUCAUUUCUUGCCAAUGGCCAAAAAGCGCCGGUCCAUUUCCUACCAAUGGGGAACUCGCUGUUCUCAUUUCUGGCCAAUGACAGACGUUUUUCGGCUGUCCAUUUUUUGUGCUGGGAUAUGUCAACAGAGGAGCUACGUACUUGGAAAUGAAGUCAACACGGUUAUUUAAGGUAAGCAAUCAUGGUUUAUUUACAUUGUCACCAUGUGAUAUGCGACAAUACUUACAAAAAGAUGUAGCCUAUCUGUGGCGAUUCAGUAAUAUAUGACGCCUAUAUUAUGCUAACGGAAUGAAGUGAAUGGUGCACGACGCUAGUUGGCUAUUAGGUAUUGUAACGUUAGCGCUCCUCACUGACAUUGCUUGAAUAAAUUGUCUUAAAGUGUUUAAAUAUGUGUGUAUAUAACGUUAGUCAUCCACAUAAUGCCCGUGUUCGACUCGAUAUACUUGUGGGGAAUAUCUGCGCGUGUAAAAAAAAAAACUUCUUAUCGAGUCAACAUGCAACCUUUUUUGUCAAACCUCAAGGGCUGUUUUCUGCUCGUAUAUAGUACAUUUCAACGUAGUGUUGUUUGAAAUAAAGAUUUUAAGAGUAACAAACAACAUGUGGGCCUUGUUGCCAUUCAUAACAAUUUGUAAUAACGACGUGAUUACUCCUGGCUGUAGAUGACAUGGGGCAAUGAGAGAAGAGGAAUUUUAAGAGCCUGUGCCAACAGUGGGACAUGAUCUGCGCAGAGACCGACACAUUGGCACAACCCAUACGAAAAGAUUCAGACAUGCCCAGUACAGGAGAGGGGACAGACAUCACUGUUUUGUGGGCAGCAGACCUGUACAGGCUCCAGCCCUGUGUGUCACAGCUACAGAUGCCUGCGCUGCAUGCCCAGACGCCCCGGCCCCCUUCGCCAUCGCUCCAGCCCUGUGUGUCACAACUCCACACCCCUGCGCUGCUGGCCCAGCCUCCUCUACCCCUCGCCAUCACUCCAGCCCUGUGUGUCACAGCUCAAGACCCCUGCGCUGCUGGCCCAGACGCCCCGGCCCCCUUCGCCAUCGCUCCAGCCCUGUGUGUCACAGCUCAAGACCCCUGCGCUGCUGGCCCAGACGCCCCGGCCCCCUUCGCCAUCGCUCCAGUCCUGUCUGUCACAGCUCAAGACCCCUGCGCUGCUGGCCCAGACGCCCCGGCCCCCCUCGCCAUCGCUCCAGCCCUGUGUGUCACAGCUCCAGACGCCUGCGCUGCUGGCCCAGCCUCCUCUGGCCCCCUCGCCAUCACUCCAGCCCUGUGUGUAACAGCUCGAGACGCCUGCGCUGCUGGCCCAGCCUCCUCUGCCCCACGCGCCAGACGCCUGCACCAUGGCCUCCUCCUGCCCUCAGCUCUACCAGCUCCUGGUCCGUCUCAAGUCCAGCCAUCACAGCUGGUAGGCUGUCGGUGAACACGGGAUGCCAAGCAUGGACAAGUUGGACAACCUGGCUGAAUACAUUGUGGAGCUGCACCAUGAAGCCUCCCUGACCCACCCCCUGCAUUUUCAAUACCACUUGUUCUCCCACUCCACCCAAACUGCUCCUCUUGUCUUUUCUCGGCUUACUUUUCCUCUCUGUACAUUCCCCAGACAACAACCAUGGGUACAGUUUUCAUA